GCGAGACUUGUGUGAUGUGUCUGGAUUGUGAGAGAAAUUGACAGCGACUGAAAGUCAUUGUUUUAAAGAGUGUAAACGGAACGAAGUGUCUGCAACAGCAGCUGCUGGACUCAGGAACUAACCCGAACCUUCGGGGCCUUUACACUGGCUGAUGGUGUACAGACUUAUUCAGGAUGAAUUCCGAACUUCUGGCAACUUGCAGUGCUCUUGGUUAUCUGGAGGGCAACACCUAUCACAAGGAAAUCGACUGUCUUGAGAGCGUGAAAGACUUGAUCAGGUAUUUGCGCCACGAAGAUGACACUCGUGAUGUUCGUCAGCAGCUGGGAGCAGCCCAGAUUGUACAGAAUGAUCUUCUACCUAUUAUCAUCCAACAUGGACAAGAGAAAGCUUUAUUUGAUGCCUCUAUCAGGCUCAUGGUCAACCUCACUCAGCCUGCUAUGCUUUGCUUUGGUAAAGUCCCUGACGACCCCGUAUUCAGACAUCACUUUCUGCAAGUGACCUCUCAUUUGCAAGCCUAUAAAGAGGCAUUUGCCAAUGAAGGGGUGUUUGGUAUUUUAAGUGAAACACUUUACAACCUUCUACAGCUGGACUGGGAGCAGAGGCAGGAGGAGGAUAAUCUGCUCAUAGAGAGGAUUCUGCUGCUGGUCAGGAAUGUGCUUCAUGUUCCUGCAGACCCCAAUGAAGAGAAGAAAGUAGAUGAUGAUGCCAGCAUCCAUGAUAGGCUGCUGUGGGCCAUUCACAUGAGUGGUUUUGAUGACCUGGUCAAGUUCCUGGCAUCGGCACAGAAUGAGCAGCAGUGGAGCAUGCACGUGUUGGAAAUAAUCUCGCUCAUGUUCAGAGAUCAGACCCCAGAGGCCUUGGUCAGCGCCGGUCAAGCUCGAUCGACGGAGGAGAAGCAGAGAGACUCUCAGGAGCUGGAGUCUCUUAGGCAGAGAGAGCAAGCUGAGAAACACUCACGCAAAUUACAACGAGGAACCAGGCACUCUCGCUUUGGAGGCUCCUUUGUUGUGCAAGGUCUCAAGGCACUUGGAGACAAAGAUGUUAUCUAUCACAGAAAUCUGAAUAAUUUCAAAAACUAUACUCAUGACACGGGCAAAGCAGUGAGACGUGUACCGAAGAGGAAUCGUCAGGCCAAGGAAAGUAAGGAGAAACGGCGCUCGGCCUUAAAUGUGCGUCUCUUUCUACGAGAAUUUUGUGUAGACUUCUUGGAGAACUGCUACAACCGCCUGAUGUACCUGGUCAAGGAAAAUCUGAUUCGAGAGCAAACGCAGCAACAUGAUGAAACCUAUUACCUCUGGGCUCUCAGCUUUUUCAUGGCCUUCAAUCGUGGCGACAGUUUCCGUGCGGACUUGGUGUCUGAGACUAUGUCCAUCCGUGCUUUUCACUUCAUUGAGCGCAACAUCACCAACUACUAUGAGAUGAUACUUACUGACCGUAAAGAGGCAACAUCCUGGUCCCGCAGGAUGCACUUGGCUCUAAAGGCGUAUCAAGAACUGCUGCUGACUGUGAACGAGAUGGACCGCUCACAGGACGAGAGCAUCCGUCAGAGUUCCAACGUUAUCAAAAGUAACAUAUUCUACCUGAUGGAAUACCGAGAGAUUUUUCUGACCCUGCUGAGGAAGUUUGAUGAAACACACCAGCCUCACUCUUACCUCAAAGACUUAGUGGAGACGACUCAUCUCUUCUUGCGUAUGUUGGAACGCUUUUGCACAGGUCGCAGAAACUUGAUGGUUCAGAAAAAGAAAGUGAAGCGGAGAAAGUCUCGAGGUAAUAAAAAUCCACCAUCUGCAGAUACGAGCCCAGAAGCCCUGGAGGAAACUUGGAAGAUUGUGGAGGAAGAGCUGAAGACUUCAGGGUUCCAGUUGUCAGAGUCUAUAACUGAAAGUAUCGUACCUUUUGAUGCCGCAUCUGAAAUUCCUCUGGAGGAGCAGCGGACAGAGGCUAUGGUUCGGGUUAAGGAUGCACUGCUGGCUCGGUUGGGACCAGAGGCACUGGGGCUGCUGCGAGCUGCCAGGGAGGUGUGGCCAGAGGGAGAUGUGUUUGGUGCAGCUGAUGUGGAACCUGAAGAGGAACUGGAGCUUCUCAAGCAGAUCCUGCACGCCAACCUGCCAAGGUCGUCUGCUCCUGAGCCUGUGGCAGAGGAGGAGGAUGAUGAUGAUGAUCUAGAGUUAGAAGAAGAAGAGCUGGAGUCUGUCCAAGUUUCUGAAACGGAGUUCAACUUUCUGGACUUCAUCAAGAGGUUUGCCAGCCCUAAUAUUGUGCGUCCUUACCUCAUCCUACUGAAAUCGUACACGAAAAACUCUCCCCACACAAACCACUGCAUCGCACGAAUGCUGCACCGCCUGGCUGUUGACCUCAAAAUGGACGCCCUGCUUUUCCAACUGUCAGUCUUCAACCUUUUCAACAAAAUCCUGAGUGACCCUGCUGCAGCUGCUUACAGGGAACUGGUGACCUUUGCCAAGUUUGUGCUGAACCAUUUCUUUUCACUGGCAACAAAAAACAACAAGGCAUAUGUUGAGCUGCUCUUCUGGAAAAAUGUGGGAGCUGUGCGUGAGAUGACAGAGGGCUACAGCAAGGAUGGAGAGGAAAAGAAGCCAAACUGGACUGAAGAGGAGGAGGAGGAGUUGCGUAAGCUCUAUGAGGAGCACCAACACUCUGAAGUCCCAGACAUCGUGGAGACUUUGCUGCCUUUACUCAGCAGCAGGGAGCGCACUCGGCGCCAGGUGGUGACACAGCUGGUGCGUAUGGGCCUGGUGGGCAGCGCUAAGGAACUGAAGAAACAGAAGAAAGGUACCCAGAUUGUACUUUGGAGGGAGGAGCAAGAGAUGGAACUACAGAUGCUGUUUGAGGAGUACAAAGACUCUGAUGACGUGCUGGGAAACAUCAUGAAGAAGCUGACUGCCAAGCGAUCCCGCGCACGAGUGGUGGACAAGCUGCUCAGUAUGGGCCUGGUGUCGGAGAGAAGGGAGCUGUAUAAGAAGAGAAGUCGCAAUGCUCAACGGAAGAGCUCAGGAAAAGGAAUGACUGAAGAAGAGUUCCUGACAGGACUAACACAAGGUUCUCCAGAUGAUUCUGUGGACAGAGAUGAUGAUGAUGACGACGAUGAUGAGGAGGUGGAGGAUGAGUCUGAAGAGAGUGAGGAUGAGGAAGAUGAAGAGCAGAAGAGAGGGGCCAAGUCACAAAAUGGCAGCAUGAGGAAGAGCCAAAGCAUGGUAUCCACGGGGGAGAGGAGAGCUGAUGUGGGCACUAUGGUGAAUGCGCUGCAGCAGGAAGGCAUGAGUGGGCCGCUGUUGUGGCUGCAGAAUUCUCUUAAAAAAACAGCAGAAAACCGUAAAGAAAAUGGUUUGUCCCAGCCUGUGCCACUGGUUCCUCUGACGGAGACGAAUGAAGAUGCCAUGGACAACAAGAGGUUUCAGAGGCUGCUACGCAAACUGGGGCUACGUCCACCUGCAGAUGAACAGGAAUAUUUCUGGAGAAUCCCAGCAAAGAUGAGCAAAUCCCAGCUCAGGAGUGCAGCUGCAGCUCUUUGUCCAAGUGAGGAUGAGCCAAAAGUUGGCGAAGAGCAGGACGAGCCCCGGAGUCCGACUGAAAAAGCUCAGCAGGAGGAUGAGGAGGAUGAGGUGGUCUCAGGUGAACAGAGGGAUCAGGCUCUGAGAGCUCUGCUGUUCGCACGCAAGAGGAAACACCGCUCCAAUGAGUGUCCAGCCCCUGUGUCAGAUUUCACCCCCACUGAGGACACAGAAAGCACAGCUGAGAGGUCCCAAGAGAAGACCUCAACUAAGAGAAGCAGAGUGUUGGACGACGACGACGAUGAUGAGGAGAACGAGAAUGACUCCUCCGCUGCGAUGGACAUGGAUGCCAACAGUGAUGCAGAUUCAGACGGGGACGACGUCUCUGCUCCUGUGAAACGUAGACGCAAGAUGGUCUUAAUUGACGAAGAGGACGAUGAGGAUUAGUGAGAACCUUUUAAUGGAACUGUGAGUCGCAAUACUCCCUCACUUUGUUCUGAGCUGGACAGUUCUCUUGUUUAACCUGUUUCGUUAUCAAUUGAGUUGUAUUUGUUUAAAUGUUCUUACUUGUUGUAAUUUGUUAUUUUCCUCUGAUUCAAAACAGGCCUUUGUUUGUCAACCAAUUAUUAUCUUUGAUUACAAAGUUACUGCAUUUUUACAAAAAAUAUUUUACUUGUCAGUCGGAACUGUUCACUCUAAAAUUCCUGUUUUUCUGUUUAUUAAUAAUAAUAAAAAAGUGCCUUGCCUUUGUA